UGUUUGGUAAACCUCCCUGUCCUGUUAGGGCAGAAGAGCAGCCUUUUUAUUUUUUUUAUUUUUUUUGUUUCACUCCUAACAUACAAACUGAAAUCAUGCCACUGACACGCUGUCUAACUCUGCUCCAGAGCCACAGGGGAUUGUGGAGAACGUUCUUCCUCCCAGGUGUUCAGCCACACAGGAGCUUGGCGGAAAAGAGCGAUAGCGGCUGGUUGAGCUCUGUAUUUGGACACAAAGUGGACGCGAGGAAAGAUGCCCACUCCAAUCUGCUGUCCAAGAAAGCGACCAGUGGCCUUUACAAAAUCCAGUUUCACAACGUUAAACCCGAGUGCUUGGAAGAAUACAACCAGCUAUCAACGGAGGUCCAAAGAGAGCUCCACAAUGAUCCAGAUUAUCCCUGUGAAGUUGUGGGAAGCUGGAACACGUGGUACGGAGACCAGGACCAAGCAGUUCAUCUCUGGAGAUACUAUGGUGGAUAUCCAGCUAUGAUGGAAUGCCUCAACAAACUCAGACACAACAAGGCGUAUCUAGAGUUUCGCAAAAAGAGGAGUAAAAUGCUGAUCUCUCGGCAGAACCAGCUUCUUCUCGAGUUCAGCUUCUGGAACGAUCCUCUACCUCGACCUGGGCCGAAUAUAUACGAACUGAGAACAUACCGAUUAAAGCCGGGCACGAUGAUUGAAUGGGGAAAUCACUGGGCUCGAGCAAUCAAAUACCGCCAAGAGAACAAUGAAGCAGUGGGAGGAUUUUUCACUCAGAUUGGAGAGCUGUAUGUCGUUCACCAUCUUUGGGCCUAUAAAGACCUGCAGUCCAGAGAGGAGACGAGAAACUCGGCGUGGAUGAAAGAGGGCUGGGAUGUCAGUGUGUAUUACACAGUCCCCUUAAUCCAGAGUAUGGAGUCAAGGAUCUUGAUCCCCACAACCAGCUCACCUCUGCAGUGAGCCACAAGGUCUCAGGGCUCACGAUCCCGUGGAUUCUCAUCUCCUCUGAGCUGCAAUAAACCUACACCUGACCGCUUCGGCCGCGAGAACAAUCGCUUACUCUCUCAUUUCCCCUGUUGUAAACUGUUGAACGGGAAUGAAUGUUUGUGUGAAUUCACAGCUUUUCUAAAUCGAUAUCAGUGUUUACUUUGUAUUAACAUGAAGUACAGCUCAAACAGGGCUACCAUAUCUGCCUCAGUCAAAUGUACUGCUUUAUUUUUUGCAUAUGAUACGUGCUCAGAUCUAUCUGUAGGUUGGAGGGAUGCAGGAAAACGUUGUGAAGAUGAAUAAAAAUGUUGUGAACAAAUGUUAAUCAAAGAGGCAUUGUUUUAGCCUAACCAGGUCACAUUUUGCUUAUUACC